AUGUCACAAUCACCAACCCCGGAUAGGUUCCAGAUAGAUCUAUAUCUGGUUUCUGAAGUAACAACCAAGCAACAUUCAUUCAAGCAAAACCCAAAUAGACCAAAAAUUCCAGCUAGACGAUUUAAACAGGCAAGGCAACUUGUUACGGAUGAAAUUAAAUAUUUGCAGAGCAAACCAAACAUAAAGUUCGAUACACCGACAUACACAUCCAUAAGUGCUCCUCCUAGCUUAAAACCACUGAAGCACUAUUGCGAUAUUACAGGAUUACCUGCAAAGUAUCGUAGCCCUACUAAUAACUUACGAUUUUAUAAUGUGGAGAUUUACCAGGAGAUAAUUAGAGGAAUGGCUCCCGGAUUGGACCAAGAGUAUUUGGAAUUAAGAGGUGCAAAUGUUAUUUUGAAAUAG